AUGUCUUCAUACCAGUCUAUUCUGCUGCAAAACGCCACUCUACUUGUUCCAAAGGGUUCUGGAGAUGACCAUGCCAUUCCACUCAAGAACCAUUCGCUGCUGAUCGAAGGCAACAAAAUUGCUCGCAUCGCGGCUCACAUUGACCCUCCAUACGAGGCAACUGAGGUCAUCGAUUGCUCGGCAAAGAUUAUCUCACCGGGCUUUGUCGAUACUCACCAUCAUGUUUGGCAGACUCAACUCAAGGGGAGACAUGCGAAUCAUUCGCUGCUGGAGUACAUGGUACCAGGAAACAUGGCCUCGCACAGCUACAAACCUGAAGACGUGUUCUGGGGUCAGCUAGGUGGAUGUCUAGAAGCCCUCGAAGCAGGGACGACUACAAUCGUAGAUCACGCGCAUAUCUCGUACUCUGCAGAGCACAACAAUGCGGCUCUUUCAGCGACUAUCUCAUCUGGUAUCAGGUCUAUCUACUGCUACUGCCCUACUGGUAGGGUUAAGACCUGGAAGCCUUUCGCAAUGAAAGACGACAUCCUCCCAGCUUGGCUAUUCGAGCAGUUGACCUCACUAUGUAAAGCUGGUCCGUUUGCCAACGGUCGGGUGACGAUGGGCUUCGCGUUCGACUCCUUCUACCUUCCAAAGGAUGUAGUUGUCAACAUUUUCAACCAAGUUCGUAGCUUGGAUAUCAAGACCAUCACUUCUCACUACGUCCCAAGUCUUCUUCCGGGGUCGACGGUAGACUUACUCGAGGAUUAUGGGCUUCUAGAGAAGGACAUUCUUCUUUCUCACGCAACUCCAUUGAAUGAUUCGGAUGCAAAGAAACUUCAGAAAGUCGGAGCUGCAAUCUCUUCAACUCCAGAUACUGAGCUGCAGAUGGGUCAUGGCUGGCCGGUGUGCUUUCAGGAAAACGCCAGGUCAAUUAGCUCCCUCGGCAUCGACUGUCACAGCAACAACACAGGUAGCAUCGUCGCUCAGAUGAAGGUUGGCCUCCAAGCUGAGCGUGCUCGCCGCAAUGAUCGGAUUCUUGAAGCAGGAAAGAUCCCUGCCAGAGCUCAGGUCUCUGCCCAAGAUGCAUUCCAGCUUGGGACAAUUGGCGGCGCAAGGGCGAUCAAGAUGGGUGAUCAAAUUGGAUCUUUGGAGGAGGGAAAAAUUGCUGAUCUUGUAAUUUGGGAUACGUUGAGCCCUGCCAUGAUUUGUGCCGCUGAGGAAAAUCCGAUCGAAAGCGAGACGGACGGCUGAGAGCUACUAAACUGGAUUUGAAGCUGAUGCCUGAUAUGAAACACGAGAAGACUGAGGUGCAGUGGCGCGAUGUUGCAACUGAGCUUUUGAGGAGCCGCCAGGGCAUUUUGGAAACUGAGAAGGCUAGUGGAGCUGAUGAUCGAGAGGCAGGCUUGGAGAACACAGUAGGACUCUUGAGAAUUGACAAGGACAAG